UAUAAUAUCCGGAGCACACCAUUGGAUCUGUUACUUCAGGACAAACUCUGUGUCAAUAACUACAGUCUGAGCCGAUAUUUCUGUUACAAUCUCUACAUUCCAGUCAUCAUAUUGUGGGCCCUAUUCCUGGGCCACUGGACCGAUGAGUACGGGAACGGGAGGAAAGCCAUAUUCAUCGUGGGCUCGUUCAUCCAGUGCUUGGAAGCGAUCAUCAGUCUCUUGAAUGUAGCACUUUUAGACUCGGACUUUAACACAGAUGUCCGAUGGAUCACCAUCUCAUUCGUGCCGUACAUAGUGUCCGGGUCUAUGGUAUGGAGCAUAGCCUACGCCUAUGUGGCGGCCACUACACCGGCAAACAUGCGACCCAUACGGAUGAUGGCACUGGAGAUUAGCCUCGCUUUGAGUCAUUUAGUGUCGGACAGUGUGUACGGAAGGGUAGCAUUUGACGACCCGAUGUGGACCACAAACCAGAUAUACAGCCAAUCAUUCAUACACGCCAUCAGCGCCUGCAGUGCUUUCGUGGCAUUCAUUUGGUCGGUGUUUGUCAUAAAUCAACAAAAAGAGAAAAUACUAUUUGACGAGAGUUUUGGUGACAAUAGUUAUGAACUCAAAGACUAUAAUAGUUACCAUAAACAGAAACAACAGGUCGGAAAUCAAAUCAAACAGUUGUUUCACUUCAAUAACAUUAAGCAGACAUUUGUUACGGUGUUUCGGAAGCGGCCGAACACUACCAGAGCCCAGAUAUGGCUCACCAUUUGCGGCACCACUUGCUAUCUCUAUGUCUUCAUAUCUGUGCCCUCUUUUGUCGAUGAAUUUUACGAACAGAUCUACGGCUGGUAUACCACCGACUUUGCCGAAUACCAGGCCUCGGGAACGGUAGUCAAGUGCCUGUUUGUGUUGACUGCAACUAUCAUCCUCAUCAAGGUA